UACGGCCCAUGGCGACGAGUGAUGACACCUCAAGCCCGGCCGGGCGGCUCGGCGUGCAGAGCAUCGAGCAACCGCAGUCCCUCGCUGCGUCGUGCUUCGGGCAUUCGUCGGUCCCCUUCUCGGCCGGUGCCAUGCAGGCCGGGGUGGGGGGCCGGGUGUCGAGGCCCCCACGGCGGCGGACGAGAGCCUCCAGGAGAGCUCCCGUCAUUUUGCUCAACACCGACGCCGCCAACUUCCGGGCGAUGGUCCAACACUUCACCGGGCUAUCGUCCGAGCCGUAUUCUCCGGCCAAUCAGCCCGGCGGCCGGUCAGCAAUCAAGUUGGGUCCCAGCUUCCAUGAUGCCGUCCUCGAGACGAUGACGGCGUACUCGGAGAAACGCUUCCAACCCCAGUGGCAACAACAGCGAUAUCCUGAGGCAAUGUUUAGCCUUCACAGUAACAGAAACAGCGGUAGCGAUGCGCUUCCUCAAGCGCUUAGGCACUCCGCCAUGAAUAGGGAGAUGGCUGAUGGCCUCUUGUUUGCCGGCAUAUCAAGCCAGAUGACGAUAAGGCCAACCUCCCUUAACACCAGGGUUGAUGGUUACUUCUCAUGAGAAGAAAGCAAAUGGAUCGAGAAAGACAAGGUCAACUUA